CUUUGAUCCAUGUGCAUACAAAUUAAUUCGGCGGUCGAGUUUUCUUCAGUUUCCUUACUGCUCUUCAGAGAGUAAAGUCGUACUUUGCAUAUUUUGCUGCUAGCAAAAUGAAAACUGGAUUCAGUCUGCUGUCGGAAAAUGCCCCCUUACUGAGGAUUCCAGCACCAAGAUUUUUCUGGGCUGUGCCUAUGCCGAUCAAUACAUCCCUAUACUCCUACCCAGCGGAAGUUUGGGAACAGAUUCCGAACAAAGACAUCAUCAUCAAGCUGUUCGUUUCAAUUCCGAUAGUUCUGUUCGGAAUUCUGGGAAAUGUUACUCUGUUGGAAAUCAUCCUCUCAAGUCGGGCUCUGCGAACAUCCGCCCAUUUGCUCAUAGCAAAUUUGGCCCUGAUCGACCUGAUUACGCUAGUUCUGUGUCCUCCGAUUUUUCUGCUGCACGAUAUUCAUCAAAGUUACGUUCUGGGUCCGAUUGGUUGUAAACUGGAAGGUUUCAUCGAAGGUGGAUUACUAAUAACUUCAAUUCUCGCACUUUGUGUGGUAAGUUACGAUCGGCUGGCCGCUAUCGUGCUUCCCGCGAAAGCUCGUAUGAAAAGGAACUGUGCAAUGCUAACCAUCGGACUGUGUUGGUGUUUGGGAUUUGCUGCUGCUCUCCCACUGGCGAUCUAUCGCAAUUUCAAGGAACGCGAUUGGAACAAUUUCCAUGAGACGUUCUGCUCUGAGGAUAAUGAAAUCAUGCCCACUUAUUGGAAUUACGUCAUUGUGAUGUUGGUGUGGAUGCCUCUGGGAGUAAUGACGGUGACUUAUAGUGCCAUCUUUUGUAAACUGGACCGGUACGAGAGGGAAGCUAUGCACAGGGAACAUCCCAUGGUGGUGCGGUACAAAAGUCGAGUGGCAAGAACAUUGUUCAUAGUGUUGAUGACAUUUGUGGUGGUGCGGAUACCGUUCACAAUAAUGAUCAUAGUUUACUACAAGAAUGUAGAUAAAUUCAAUACAUUUGAGGUCAAUGAGAGUUUUGUUAUACUUUGGUGGUUGGCCAAGAUGUCUUUCAUAUUUUUGUACUCUGCAAUGAAUCCAGUGAUAUAUGGCAUGACCAACAGAACGUUUCGUAAAGCUUAUAAAAAUUCUAAGAUUCUUGGAAAGUUAUGGAGGUUCAGUGAAGAGAAGACAAGUGAUGAACCAAAUACUAAGAGACAGUUAACGUUCUCUCGAAAAAUUCUAUGGCCCCGAGGGCCAUGUGAGCAGGACAAAUUAGAUAAACAAACCCAGCGUCAAUGGGGAAGCAAGAACAGAUAUAUUGUUGCAAAUUGGCUAAAUUCUACCAUUCGGUACAAGGACAGACGUCGAAGUCCUGCACAACAGGAUGGGAAAGACCAGAAGGCUGAAGCUAAUGAUACAAAAUCCUCCGGAACGGCACAAAACAGCUAGUUUUCUCGAUUGCUUUUGAAUUUUUCUUAUGCGCCAUAAUGGCAGUUGAU